AAACACAUUAUAAAAAAAUUAAAAUUAUUAAAUCCUAAAUCAAACAAAUUCUAAAAGUAUAUGGGGAUGCAGUUAGUGUUGGAUCCUCUAAUUAGGGGUUAAUUUAUGAGAAUCGGGAAAUGGAUUCUCCAAAGGCAAAACGGGGACUCCUUUCGUUCCUCUAUCUGGCCAUAAUCUUCAUUAUCAUCUUCACUUUCCACACCCACAUCGCAGUGAAACUGAUAAUAGGGCACCACAAACCUCGCGUUAAGAGAUCCUCCAUUCUCCCCCUACGGUUCCGUGCCGAUGGCAAUUUCAAAAUCCUUCAGGUGGCUGAUAUGCAUUACGGGACAGGGAGUCUGACUCGGUGCAGAGAUGUUUUGCCUUCUGAGUUCGAUUUCUGCUCCGAUGUCAACACUACUCGCUUUCUUCAAAGGAUGAUUCAGUCUGAGCAGCCUGAUUUCAUUGCUUUCACAGGAGAUAACAUUUUUGGGACUAGCACUUCUGAUGCUGCCGAGUCUCUACUUAGGGCAUUUGGUCCUGCCAUGGAGUCUGAACUUCCAUGGGCAGCAAUCUUGGGAAACCAUGACCAUGAGUCUACGAUGACUCGUGAAGAUUUGAUGUCUUUCAUAUCUUUAAUGGAUUAUUCAGUCUCACAAAUCAAUCCAUCUGCUGGAGAUCUCUCUGAUUCUGGAAAAGGAAGCAUGAUGGUAGACAUUGAUGGCUUUGGGAAUUAUGAUCUCAAAGUUUAUGGACCUCCAGGUUCUCCCUUGGCAAACCACAGUGUCCUCAAUCUUUUCUUUCUCGACAGUGGAAGCAGGGAAGUUGUUCAAGGAAUUCGAACUUAUGGAUGGAUUAGGGAAUCUCAACUUCGUUGGCUUCGUGGUGUUUCCAAAGGAUAUCAGGGCAAAAAUCAGGAUUUUAAUCACUUGGCAGAGGCUUCACACUCAGCUGCGCCUCCAUCUCUGGCUUUUUUCCAUAUCCCAAUUCCAGAAAUUCCACAGCUAUACUAUCAAAAGAUUGUCGGAAUUUUUCAGGAAGCUGUGGCUUGUUCAUCAGUGAACUCUGGAGUCCUACAAACCUUGGUAUCUAUGGGAGAUGUGAAAGCUGUGUUUUUUGGCCAUGAUCACAAGAAUGACUUUUGCGGAAAUUUAAGUGGUAUAUGGUUUUGUUAUGGUGGAGGCUUUGGAUACCAUGGCUAUGGAAAGGCCGGUUGGGCAAGGAGAGCAAGGGUUAUAGUAGCAGAACUUGGGAAGGGUGAUAACUCAUGGAUGGGAGUGAAGAGGAUUAGGACCUGGAAACGUCUGGAUGAUGAGAAGCUGAGCAAGAUUGAUGAACAAGUCUUGUGGGAACUGGAACGGUCAAGAUGACAUGUUUGCAUGUAAGUGAGACGGAUAUAUUGGAUGUCAUCUUUUUUGUAUAUCCUCUGUGGUGGUGAUGAUGUUAUUUAUUGUGAUAAUUACACUGCCAUUUGCAUGCCUUCUGUAAAACUAGGCAUGUAUCUGUGAUCUGCCUGUGUUGAAACGAACUCUUGUGCAUUUUCCUUUUAAAAAGAUUCUGCAACGCAAUCCAUUUGAAGGGAAUUUCAAAUCAGUAAAAAGUUGCAAUGAAAUAGUUUUACAUCUA